AUGCCCUGCAUGUGCACAGAGCCCCAAAAAAGGGGGUAAAUCAGACGACAAAAUGGCGUCCCAUACCUUCUCUCUCUCUCUCGGUUUCUUGUCCAAAAUCUCCCAAAACACCUAUAUGCUUAUCGUCAUCGUCACCAUCACCACCACCACCACCUGAAAUUCCGUUUUUGCCCUCUGUGCAUUUCAGCGGUACGGCACCACCGAUUCCCACAACAACCUCUACCAAAUCUAUGUAUAGCAAAAUCCCAAUCCUAGGGUUUCUCUGUUCUGGAAUGACACUCGGCGCCGGCUAAGGCAAUGCUGGUUCCCGGAGUGCUAGGGUUUGAGAGCAUCGUCUUGGCCCUCGUUUGUGUUGUUUGGCUCGUGAUUCGCCACAAGUGGAGGGAUGAGGCGGCGAAGAAGGAGGAGAUCAUGAGGCUGGUGGCUAUUGCAUCCCAGGAGACCGCCAUGGCCGAGGUCGAAGCCACCGUCGAGUACACGUCCAUGCCGGUCGUGCGGCGGUUCCAGUGCGCUGUCUGCUACAAUCCCACCACCCGGCGUUGCUCACAGUGCAAGGCCGUUCGAUACUGUUCUGGCAAGUGCCAGAUUAUGCACUGGAGACAAGGUCACAAAGAUGAAUGUUGUCUUUCAAUUGCUUCCAUGCAGUUUCAAGAUAAUAGUGACUUCAGUGGGAAAGCAAUUUUGGAAAAAGAGUCAGAAAUUUUCGAUACCGAAGGACUGCAUAAUGGUUUUGCAUCUUCUGGUGCCUCAUUUUCUGCUGGUUUCUCCCCAUCUUGUGUUGGAGGUAACACAUCUGUCGAUAUUUCUUCCAAUCAGGUCAUUAGGUCCAGCACUGUUGACAGAUCAGAGAAACCCCUUUCUGAUGGUGUUGCCCCUGAUAUGCUUGGAACAACCGCUAGCUUUAGUGAGACAGAACUAACCAUGCCGCCACCCAUUGGGUCUACUAAUUUGGUAAAUUCUGUAGGUCAUAAUUCUUGUGCUAAUAUAUCAAAUAAGGUGAAAUCUGGUCAUAUUGAUGAAGUGGUUGACUUCAAAUCUCAAUUUUCUAAAGCCAAGCCGGUCUUAAUUGAUAAUGUGAAGCCAGCAAAUAUGGGCAAUAGUAAGCCCACCAGAGGGUCCGCUUUAGGAGGAAAGUUAGUUGCAGAUGCCUCCAGGUUUAGGCACUCGCCGUCCUUGAGUUGUUCAGGGUCAGAUUCUGUAGGUGAUGAAGUGGAAGAUGAUUCUGAGUCAUCUAAGUGCAAAGAAGUCAGGUCUUUGUCUUGUAAUGCUUCUAGUGAUCGUCCAUCUUCAGCUACUGGAGGGCAUUUGGUUUCCAAUUCCAAGUCUGCAAAAAUUGAUGGUUUUCAUGCCUUACCUACGAAAGUUAGUAGUGCUCCAAGCUUGCCACAAGAUAUUCGUAAUGGCUUGAAAAAAUCAGUGCGGAAAGUUGUACAGCAGUUUAGGGCCCCAAAAGAGUCAAAACUCAAUUUGUCAGGUCGUGGGAAUGAAAUGGAUGGAAAGAACAAUUGCAAGAUAGUCUUUCCAUACGAACAGUUCAUGAAACUUUACUGUUGUGAUAAGGUGGAACUAUGUCCAUUUGGUCUUACAAAUUGUGGGAACAGCUGUUAUGCUAAUGCUGUGCUCCAGUGCCUGGCAUUUACUCGGCCUCUUGCUACUUACCUUCUUCACGGGCUUCAUUCUAAAUCAUGCCGAAAGAAGGGGUGGUGUUUUAUUUGUGAGUUUGAAUGUCUUAUUCAGAACGCGAGGGAAGGCUAUUCCCCAUUGUCUCCCAUUGGGAUACUAUCCAAAAUACAUAAAAUUGGAAGUAAUCUUGGUCAUGGGAGGGAAGAAGAUGCCCAUGAAUUUUUGAGGUAUGCUGUUGAUACAAUGCAAUCUGUUUGCCUCAAAGAAGUUGGGACUGGCGUUCCAUUGGCAGAAGAAACAACCCUAGUAGGCCUAACUUUUGGGGGUUACCUUCGAUCUAAGAUAAGGUGCAUGAAGUGCCUUGGCAAAUCUGAACGAUAUGAGAGAAUGAUGGAUCUUACUGUUGAGAUAGAUGGGAACAUUGGAACUCUUGAAGAGGCUCUUACGCAAUUUACAGCUACUGAAACCUUGGACCGAGAUAACAAGUACUAUUGUGGCAGGUGUAAAACUUAUGAGAAAGCGAAAAAGAAGUUGACAAUACUAGAGUCACCAAAUAUUUUAACGAUUGUGUUGAAGCGAUUUCAGUCUGGGAACUUUGAGAAGUUAAACAAAUCAAUUCAGUUUCCUGUGGUUCUCGACAUGGCCCCAUAUAUAAGUGGAGUCGGUGAUAAAUCUCCUUCGUACAGUCUUUAUGCGGUGGUGGUUCAUUUGGAUAGCAUGAAUGCUUCAUUUUCAGGUCAUUACGUGUGUUAUGUGAAGAAUUUCAAUGGGGAGUGGUUCAGGAUAGAUGAUAGCACAGUAGAACCUGUGGAAUUGGAGAGGGUCUUGUUAGAAAGGGCGUACAUGCUCCUUUACGCUAGGCACUAUCCACGAGCCCCAGCUUUCAUCAGGAACAAUGUGGUGUCUCAUGGCGGACGGUCAAAGAAAAGGAACUUGGAAGCUGUUCCUUCAAGUAUUUCUACAUCCAAGACAGAGUCUAAUGCUGUGGGAGCACAUCAGAAGCUUGGAAGACACAACAAUCAAUCGUUCCAUCCAGACAAUUGGAGAUUCCAUUCAAUGCAAAGAGUUGCUGCAGUGGAUUCAUCAAGUGAGAGUUCUUCCCUUUUCAGCAGCUCAGAUGCAAGUUCUUGCAGCACCGCGAGCAUCAAGGACUCUGCCAGCACAGGAGACUUGUCUGAUUACAUAUUUGGUGAAGUGCGACCCGGUUGGUACAGCCAUUAUGGGCUUUCAUCAGACUCAAUCUCAUCUUCCUCCUAUGGAAACUUGGAUGCAGAUUCAGAAGUGGAAAACAACAAUGGCUGGGCAGAGGAUUUGGAUGGGGAUGGAAACUCUGCAAUUUUGUAUACUGACACAACUAGACACCAUAGAAAGUCUAGUUGCCAGUUCGGUAGUAGUAGUAGUUAUAGUAGUAGGGACACUUACUUCGAGCAAUUUGGCUAUGCUAACCCAUCUGUUGUAAAUUCUGGUGUAUCAUUAAGAAGACCCAAGUGGUGAUAGAUCAGCUCAAACGUUUUAUUGAGGUUUGAGUUGAGAUCAAAUUUUGGUAGGAGCGCAUUCAGCAGUGUCAAUUGUCAAACUUGGAAACGCUUUUUCCGGAACGACGGCGUCCGGAUUUGCUCGCAUACGGUAGCAACGCCGUGAA